ACCCGCCAGCGGACCCGCCAGCCUGCUGGAGACUCCCGGGUCCCAGCGCGGGACUGGGUCUAGGGGUGGACAGCCCAGCAGACCUGGAGGGCGCUCAAGCGGACCCCGGGCUUUACUAUGAAGGCGCCGGGGAGCGCGUGAGGAGGAUGCAGCAGCAGGCACCGCGGCGGGAGGAGGAGUAGGCGGUGGUGCCCUCAGGAGGGAGCCGCUCACGGGCCAGAGGCUCCCGGAGGCUCCGCAGUGCCGCCGCCGUCGCCCGGGAGGCUCAGCACGGGAGCCAUGUAACCCUGCGGUGGGCUCCGGGCUGCUCCGUUUUUCGUCUGCUCCCGGGCUAGCGCGGCAGCGGGGCCACAAUGAAGAAGCAGUUCAAUCGCAUGCGCCAGCUGGCCAACCAGACGGUGGGCAGGGCAGAAAAGACUGAAGUUCUGAGUGAAGACCUUCUUCAGGUGGAGAAACGGCUGGAGCUGGUGAAGCAGGUGUCCCACAGCACACACAAGAAGCUCACUGCCUGUCUGCAGGGCCAGCAAGGUGCAGAGGCCGACAAGCGCUCAAAAAAAUUGCCUUUAACAACACUGGCUCAGUGUUUGAUGGAGGGGUCAGCUAUCCUGGGAGAUGACACACUUCUUGGGAAGAUGCUGAAACUCUGUGGAGAGGCAGAGGACAAGCUGGCACAGGAGCUGAUCCACUUUGAAUUGCAAGUGGAGAGAGAUGUGAUCGAGCCCCUAUUUUUGCUGGCUGAGGUGGAAAUCCCAAAUAUUCAAAAACAGAGGAAACAUUUAGCAAAGUUGGUGCUGGACAUGGAUUCUUCACGAACAAGGUGGCAGCAGACUUCCAAGUCUUCAGGUUUGUCCAGCAGCUUACAGCCUGCCGGUGCCAAAGCCGACGCCCUCAGGGAAGAAAUGGAGGAGGCUGCCAACCGAGUGGAGAUUUGCAGGGACCAGCUCUCAGCGGACAUGUACAGUUUUGUGGCCAAAGAAAUUGACUAUGCAAACUACUUUCAAACACUAAUAGAAGUGCAAGCUGAAUAUCACAGGAAGUCACUGACACUCUUGCAGGCGGUGCUGCCUCAGAUAAAAGCACAACAAGAGGCCUGGGUGGAGAAACCUUCCUUUGGGAAGCCCCUGGAGGAACACCUCACCAUCAGCGGCCGGGAGAUCGCCUUCCCUAUCGAGGCAUGUGUGACCAUGCUGCUGGAGUGCGGGAUGCAGGAGGAGGGACUCUUCCGAGUAGCCCCGUCCGCCUCCAAGCUGAAGAAGCUGAAAGCUGCCCUCGACUGCUGUGUGGUGGACGUGCAGGAAUACUCUGCAGACCCCCAUGCAAUUGCAGGAGCUUUGAAAUCUUACCUCCGAGAGUUACCAGAACCUCUUAUGACCUUUGAACUCUAUGACGAGUGGAUUCAGGCUUCCAACAUCCAGGAGCAAGACAAGAGGCUUCAGGCUCUGUGGAAUGCUUGUGAAAAAUUGCCCAAGGCCAAUCACAACAACAUCCGAUACUUGAUCAAAUUUUUAUCGAAGUUGUCAGAAUAUCAAGAUGUAAACAAGAUGACUCCCAGUAACAUGGCAAUUGUGUUAGGACCCAACCUCUUAUGGCCACAAGCGGAGGGGAACAUCACAGAGAUGAUGACCACCGUUUCCCUGCAGAUUGUCGGGAUCAUCGAGCCCAUCAUCCAGCACGCAGACUGGUUCUUCCCUGGGGAGAUAGAGUUCAACAUCACAGGGAACUACGGGAGUCCGGUGCACGUGAACCACAACGCCAACUACAGCUCAAUGCCCUCCCCAGAUAUGGACCCCGCUGACCGGCGCCAGCCCGAGCAGGCCCGCCGGCCCCUCAGCGUUGCCACAGAUAACAUGAUGCUGGAGUUUUACAAAAAGGAUGGCCUUAGGAAAAUCCAAAGCAUGGGCGUGAGGGUGAUGGACACAUCCUGGGUGGCUCGAAGAGGCUCCUCGGCAGGCCGGAAAGGGUCAUGCGCCCCGCCCUCCACGCAGCCCCCUGCCCCGCCAGCAGAGCUGGCCACACCUCUGCCCUCGCCCCUUCCGGAGCAGCUCCCAGAGGAACCCACAGUGCCCUCGGUUUCUCCAUCCAGCCUGGGCCUCCAGCCUGGGCCUGAACGGACCAGCACUUCCAAAGGCAAGGAACUUUCUCCAGGGUCUGGACAGAAGGGAACUCUGGGCUCCAGCCAAGGGGUACCCUGCGUGGGGACGCAACCAGGGACACAACCAGGCACCAGCCCCAGCCAGCCGCCUGCAGACCAGAGCCCUCACACUCUCCGGAAAGUUUCCAAGAAGCUGGCCCCGAUUCCACCCAAGGUUCCCUUCGGCCAGCCGGGCACUGUGAUGGAGCAGUCCCCCAGCCAGCCCUCCCCACUCAGCCUGUCUCCUACGCCACCGAGCACCCCGUCGCCCUAUGGACUGAGCUACCCUCAGGGGUACCCCUUGGCCUCAGGCCAGCUCUCCCCAGCUGCUGCAGCACCCCCUCUGGCCUCCCCUUCCAGCUUCACGAGCACUUUAACCAAAUCACGGCCCACCCCUAAGCCCCGGCAGAGGCCCACCCUGCCGCCUCCGCAGCCGCCCACGAUGAACCUCUCCGCCUCUAGUCCGCAGUCCACGGAGCACCCGGUGCUCGACGGCAUGUCCCCCGGGGAAAGCAUGUCUACAGCUGUGUGACGUGUGCCGCAGUGUUGGAUACGUGUGAGGGGAUGUUCAGGAUCUCGUUCACUUUGAUGUCCCCUCCAUCCACGUAGAGCUUGGGUCAACGCUCCGCCUGAGUCCCCUGGAGCACGCACGGCGACCCUCGGUGACUGAGAAGAGGGACUCAGAGGAGGAGUCUGAGAGCACCGCCCUUUGACACGCGUGUACACACCUGGGCCCGGACCAGCACACAGCCAGAGCGCCCCUGGGCUCGCCAAGGGUCCUCCAUCGGCUCUUUGCUGUCACUGCCAACACAAGGCUGGAGUUUUGCAGAAAACUGCCAACUCCAGCCUGUGUGGCAAAUGUCGGUGGUGCCAAUUUUGUUUGUUCCCUUUGGAUGGUGACUUUGGCCUUUUGUUUGGUCUUUGCCUUUUGACUUUGUGCCUAUUUGAUCCACUUUUGGCCUCCGUGCCCAGCAACAGCCCUCCCCACCCAAGGGCCGGCUGGUGGGAACUGUCUGCAGGGCGGGGCUGUGAGGGAGGCCGAGCUGUCCCGGGGUUAGGCCUGGGGCCACCACUGGCUCUGACGGCAAACGGCUCUGUGGCUGCAGCAGGGAGAUGGGGUAGCAGGGGCUCUUUGCUCCGGGGGACUAGAUCCGGGACCCUCGGCGCCCUGGGGCACUGACCUGCCUGCUGCCCCGGGGAGGCUGCCCAUCACUGUGGGUUCUGAAGUAAAUGGCUUAAAACAAAAUGUUUCACUUCUUAAGUUUCAUUUUUCCACACCCUGUGACUGAAAGCUCCUGUUUCUACCUUAUUGUUUUACACUUUCGAAUUUAAAAAGUGAUUUUAAGGAUGUCUAGAGGGCCUGAAUGUAGCUCCCGCACCCCUGUCAAACAUCAGAUCACGUGACAGCCCCACAAGGUGUGUAGGGUCCAGGAGCUGCCCCCUCUCUGGCGGUCACAGGUGAACAGCAAUAACUGUUACCCAGAGCAGGUGGCCGGAGGUGGCGCCGGCCCUCAGACCCCGGGCCAGCGCCGCAGCCGAGCCUGUCACGCUUGGGGUGGAGGCGGCGAGGAACGUGCGGGCCGUGCAUGCCAAGUCCGACUCUACAGUUUUAUCCUUUUAAAAUAGAUACGAUAUACCUAUACACGAUAUAUUUGUACAUAUGAAAUUUCUCUAUAUUUGUUUAAUUUGAGCCAUUCAAUCUAAACCAAUGUACAGGUGUACAAUGAGACAUUCAAACGCUUAGUUAUUUUUCCCAACCAUGUAAAGCCGCUUCUCUCUGACCGUGGGACCGGCCAACUUGGACGCUAGCAGCUUCACGCACUUCCUGGCCAGGGCGGCUCAGCACCCAGUUUGUAAUGAAGCCCGGGGGUUGAAAGUAUCUUUAAAAACAUGUACAAAUAGUUGUCAAAAGUCAUCUUAUUAAAAUAGAUUUAUUCUCCC